CAGCCACACACUUCCUGUUGCUUCACCUGGAACCAUGUUUGCAUCACAACUCGAAUAAUUCUUAGCAAUUUUGUUGACAAACACGCCAGUUGUUUAUGGAGCGAAAAGAUUCCCCUCCCUGUGAAAGUGUUCCCUCAGUCAUCAUGUGAUCUGUUUGUCCAUUUGUCUCCCUCCUGCUUCCUCUCGCACAAUGUGUCCUUCUCUGUUCUCACUGUUCCCUUUCCUCUGUUCUCAUGUUUACCUUCCUCCAUCUUGUCUGUCCUCCUCCUGUUUGUUUCAUCUCGGCCAAUAUUCUUGUCCCGCUGCUCUCUCUGUUUUCGCUGUUUCUUUUUUCCUCUGUUCUCAUGUGUACCUUCCUCCCGCCAUCUUGUCUGUUCCUUCUUCUUCCUCCUCCUCCUCCUCUUCCUCCUCCUUUUCCUCUUCCUCUCCCCCCUGGUGGUAACGGGGGAGAAGUUGGCGUUGCUUCAGUACCGCCUCAGUAUGUCCAGCAUGCCGAGCCAACCCUUCACCCCACCAGGCUCUGGGACCCUCAACACCUACCAAGUACUAUUACCUUUUCAUUCACCCCUGUCCCUCUGGGGUCUCCUGGAGGAGCCGUUCAGCCCCACGGAGGAACACGUGUUGGUGGUUCGUCUCCUAGUGAAAAACCUCCACGCCUUCUCAAACAGCCUGAAGCCGGAUCAGCUGACCUCUUCCCCCCCGACACACUCACACACACACACUCACGCCAGCCCCCUGGAGGAGUUCAAGAGGUCAGAACAAUCACAAACACUGAUACCUGUCACAAAUACUAACGUCUGUCAGACUGCAAAGCUGUAUUUCUCUCAUAGGC